CAUUUUAAUUUCCGUAGUGGGGAGAUGAGAGAUUUUUGUAUUAUAACGCACCGGGAAGUAUGCUGACAUAAAUUUGUCCGGAUUUUGAGGAAAGAAGUGGAGAUAAAUUUUUUUCACUUCAUAAAAGGGCGUUUAGUUUAUUUUUAUGUCCUUGGAAAUUUGUUGAUUCAUCCACCAUUACCAUUUGAGGACAACUCUCUCUUCAGGGACAUAACUGAUGUAAUGGUAGGAUGAAGGGCUGAAUAUGGAACAACAGAUUUAUGAAAUAAAUUUGUGAUUAAGUUGAACAAAAAUUAACCUUUACUUUCGAGGUGGACAAGUCGCGUGAUUUUGAAGAACGAUCAUGUCUCUAGGAAAAAGUGAAAUUAUAAGAUGUCUAAGGAUCCUUAUUAUGUGGAGGACAGUUUUCAUAGCAUUUUUGCUGCCACUGUUUUUGUUACCAAUAGCAUUGUCAGACAGUAAGGUGGCACGAGCAGCCUACGGUGUUUUGAUCAUUGGUAUAUUCUGGGUAUUUGAAGUGCUACCAUUGGCAGUAACAUCUUUACUUCCAGUACUUAUAUUCCCAUUACUCGGGGUCGCCAAAGUUAGUGUAGUAUGUUCAAGUUACUUCAAGGACACGUUGAUGCUGUUCCUGGGAAGUCUUAUAGUGGCCGUGGCAGUGGAGAAAUGGAAUCUUCACAAAAGAAUCGCUUUACGCGCUCUGACACUCGUCGGUCCAAAUCCAAGAUGGCUUAUGUUGGGGAUCAUGUUGCCGUGCUGGUUCCUCUCCAUGUGGAUGAGCAACACCGCAACCACCGCCAUGAUGGUGCCGAUCCUCAACGCCAUUCUCCACGUCAUGAAGGAAUCCAUGACUGAUGAACCCGCUGAGGAGACGGAGCUUGUAGAACAAGGAGUUAAUAAAAGCAUAGAGAAUGGAGAAGUAGUACAUGUAGAAACUCUAGAGGGGGAGGAAGUCAGUAUCAAACCCCGGGAGAGGGACGCAGACAGCAGGGAUAUAGAUCUCGAAUCUAGUGCUCCAAACUUUUCACCAAACGACAAAUUCAUCCGUCUCACCAAGACGUUUGCCCUCUGCACAGCCUUUGCCGCCAAUACUGGAGGAAUGGCGACACUGACAGGGACUCCUCCCAACAUAAUCCUCAAAACUAUAGCCGACGACAUCUAUCAGAAAAGAGGCAUACCGGACUCUGGAAUAUCCUUCGCCAGUUGGUUGAUCGUGGGCUUCCCUCUGUCUCUCAUUUGUCUGAUCAUAUCCUGGAUCUGGCUUCAAGUCUUCUAUGCUGGUACUAGAUGCCUAAGAAAUGAAUCAGAUUCCUAUGAAAGUGUCAGGGUAUAUUUAAGGAAAGCUUACAAAAGACUAGGACCCAUGACAUUUCAGGAGAUCGUUGUAUUGGUUGUGUUUAUUGUCCUAGCCUUGCUGUGGAUGACGCGGCAGCCACAGGUCGUACCGGGAUGGGGAGCGCUCUUUGAAUCAGGGUACACUGGGGAUAGCAUCCCUGCAGUAUUCGUUGCAGCUUUCCUAUUUGCUUUUCCAUCCCAUAUUCCGUGGAUGAAAAAAGAGACGAGAAGCGAUGAGGAGGAAGGCACAACUGUUGAGGAUAUCUCUUUCGAGGAAAAAUGGAAGUUCCAGCCUCUGUUGGACUGGGAGACGGUGAAUCAAAAGAUUCCAUGGGGUGUUCUACUACUGAUGGGCGGAGGGUUCGCAGUGGCCGCGGCCUGCGAGUCUUCCGGCUUGUCAGAGUGGGUUAGUGACCAACUGGCUAUUGUAAUGAAGAGCCUGUCAACGUAUACGGCAGCGCUUCUUCUUUCGAUCAUGGUGGCUUUAGCGACCAAUGUGACGAGUAACUCUGCCACAGCCACUCUCUUCCUUCCAAUCGUCGGUGAACUGGCAAUUGAAUUAGGAGUGCAUCCACUUUCCUUCAUGAUUCCAGUAGCGAUCUCAUGUUCUUUUGCAUUCAUGUUACCUGUGGGGACCCCACCUAAUGCCAUUGUAUUUUCUACAGGUUACCUGAAGGUCAAAGAUAUGGUGAUUGCCGGUUCAUUCAUAAAUUUAGUCACAGUGAUGGUUUUGAUUCUGGCAAUGGUGCUGUGGGUUACACCAUUUUACAAUUUAAACGAGUUUCCAGCAGGGUUUUUGACGGCAAAAAUGAAUGGAACAGUUACUGUACAUUAUAAUGGAACAGGCUUUGAUCCGAGCAACAUUACAUUAUUUAACGCAACAAAUAUUGUGUCAUACAAUGUCACAUCGUUAUAGAUUUUGUUAAUAACCAACACGUGUUCAAAAACUUUGUAUGUAUAUACGUCAGUAUUUGGUGCAUAUAUGUUGUAACAAACCAAAACUCCAUUAAUUCAACGAUCAUUUGCCAAAAUUAUAAUUAGUACAUUAUGCAAAAUUUGACCGUUGUUAUUGAGUGAAGAGUAUUAAAUUUUUGCUUAACUUUAAUUUUUGGUGGUUUGCUUAUGUUUCAAUAUACGUUGAAUAAAAUUUUUAUUUAUUAUUGAUUAUAACCAGCUCUGGUCAUAAUCUGAACAAGUUAAGUCCAUUGAUAUACAAUACUAGUAUUUGAUUCAUACGAACUGUGACUGGAAGAUAUCUAAAAGAUGGAAUUAGUUUAUUUUACUAAAUGUAAUUUAACAUAUAUGCUUUAAAUGCUUUAUUUUAAUCUACAUACAUAUUCUUCAAAUGUUGAUGGUUUUUACAUGUACUUAAAAUAGAGGAAUAAUAAAAUCAUUUAUCGAUAAAGUCAGCUUUCUAACUUUGAAAUCCGAUUGCUGACAGAAUUAUUUUUGUAAGUUACUUAAAUCCUCCACAUUUAUUUUUAUACAUGACAUUUUGUUCUGUGUCUUUCAUAAAGUAAACAUAUCUUCACAACCAGUAUCCAGACUUCACAUUAUGUUAUAUAAAUAGUCAUGCUGGGUCUAUGAAGAAUGGUUACAUCAUCCAAUAAGUGUGUUAUAUUUUAUGUUAAUCCUUGCCAUUAUAAAUAUGUUUGUUAUUUAUUAUAGUUUUAUUUUUAAUAUAUCAUUCCUUUUUCUUCACACAUAAUUUAACAUACUAGUAUUUAUAGCAUAAUAUUCUUUUUUUUUUUAACUGUAUAUGGUUGAUAUGUAAAUUACAUGCCAGAUCACAUAUAAUUGUGAAACAAUGAACAAAAGAUAUGAACUUCCGCAAGAAAAAUGAUCACGUGUACUUAUUAAAUUGUUAAAGGUAUAGAAUAAUGUAGGAGGCAUUGCUGACUAAGGUAAAGGGUGUUCAUUGAAUAGCUUUAAUGCACUCAGAGAGUAGAGAGCAUUUUUCGCUUUUUGUCCUUUUUUUAUUUUUCAACAGUGCGUAUAAUGCUUUUUAUUUUAAAUUUGAAUUCAAUGAACUCGACGAAUGUGUUAUUUUUUUUAUUCUGUGAUUCAAUUAAUAAAAUAUAUGAUUUUGUAG